AUGAUUGCCACGUGGAAGGACGAGGGGGAAGCGCGCGCGCGCGGGGAAACUCGUGGGGAAGGGGAAGGGGAAGAAGGACAAGGGGGAGAUUCCGCGCACCCGAGCAUCUUCUCCGCCAACGGGGAUGCCGUUUCAGGGUUGCCCGUCCUUAUGAGACUCCGCCACCCAUUCAGCGACGGCCCGUACGAUGCCCACGUGGCAGUAUCGUCGACCAAUGGCGAGCCUUUCAGUCUCCGGAGUCUCACUUCCCCCCCAACUCCAUCCCAGAUGGCAAUUCUCCCCGCAUCCUCCGCCGCUUUGCACGCCUCGCCUUCGUUAUUGUCACUUCCGGGUAGCUUAAUAGAGGGAGCGGAGAGGCGGGAGAGCGACGCAGGCGGGGAAAUUCGGCUGGAUGUGGACUUGGGAGGGGUGGAAGGGAGGGGGGAAGAGAGACGGAGAGACGGAGCGCAUGGUGCAGCGGGUGGAGUUGGAGGAACGGUUGAAGGAAGGGGAUCGGCAGGAGAAGCCGAAACAGCAUCAGCAGUGGGAGCAGGUGCAGGAGCAGGAACAGGAGCAGAAGGUGGCGCAGGAGCAGGAGCGGCAGAAGCAGGGGCAGCAGGAGCGGCAGGACAAGCGGGGGUGUUAGCGGUAACAGGGACAGCAGGGAGCGAAGGUGAUUCAUCAGAGACGGCAAGCGACGCCGCAGGGGAAGCGGCGGCAAUGGCAAUCAUAGGAGCAAGAGGGGGAGGAGCAGGGCGAGCAGCUGGAGCGGCAGAGGGACGGUCGGAGACACAGAGGGGGAGUCCCACUGGUGGCAACCCUGGUGAGGACACGGACGAAGGGGCGAGAGGAGGGGGAGGGGAAGGGGGAGGCGGAGGCGGAGGCGGAGGCGGAGGGGGGACGGUAACGCGCGGGUCGGACAUGCACCUGGCUGCGCGGAGCCUGGAGCAGGCCGUGCCGUUCGCGUUCCUGCUGCUCUUCGUGCAAGUCCGGCAGCACCUGAUUGGUGAGUGGGGAGUGAGGCAGCACCUGAUUGGUGAGUGGGGAGUGAGGCAGCACCUGAUUGGUGAGUGGGGAGUGAGGCAGCACCUGAUUGGUGAGUGGGGAGUGAGGCAGCACCUGAUUGGUGAGUGGGGAGUGAGGCAGCACCUGAUUGGUGAGUGGGGAGUGAGGCAGCACCUGAUUGGUGAGUGGGGAGUGAGGCAGCACCUGAUUGGCUUCUGCACCGUCGUGUGGCUGACAGCGACGCUCUUCAAGGCCAACGACUUCAUCCGCAAACAGGGCGCACUCAAGGCGGACCGCAAUCCGGUGCUGCUGGCACUGGCAGCUGUGCUGCUGCUUGCACACGUGGCAGUUGUUAAUUGGCUCUUCUGGCCCGAGCAGCUGUGGAGACCACUUCUGCUCAUACCGCCUGCUGAAGUGCCCCCUUUCUGGCAUGCUCUCUUCAUUAUAGUCACAAAUGACGUGCUGGUGCGCUUCAUGGCCAUGGCAGUGAAGUGUGGCAUCCUCGUUGCUCACCGCCGCAGCACGGGGAUGCACAAUCGCCACCAGGCGCAGGUCCUAACCCUAGUGGAGUACACGUCGCUCCUCUACCGGGCCUGGGUGCCGGCACCUGUGUGGUUCCAGUUCUUUCUCAACGACCAGGCAUACGGCCGCCUCACCGCCUCCCUCACUGCAGGGCUCUACCUCGCGUUCAAGCUCUCCACCUCGCUCGACAGGGUGCUCCUCUUUGUGUCCGCUGUUCGCCAAGCGGUUGGGAAAGGCGAGCAGUAUGGGACCGAGGCCACGCCUGACGAGCAGAGUACACAUGGCCAUUCUAGGGGAGGGGACGAAUGGCCAUGUGGUGGACUCUGCUUGCAGGCAGAGGAGACAGCAGAGCGAUGUGGCUCCAGGUGGCAGCAGCCGGCAACAUGUGUGCCAUCUGCCAGGAGCACAUGA